GUCUUGAUGACGUGGUUAAUUUGCGAUCUGUUCUGUCUAUUGUGUUUAUUUUGAGCUUUUUACGGUUGUCUCGCGAAUGUACGCGGCAUUCACAUAAAAAUUGCCUUGCCUCCCUUUUGGAAUGGACUGGAAAACAUCUUAAAAACAUUGUCUGCUUGGGUCCAAUGCAAAAAUGAAUAAAGGGUGGCUUGAGCUCGAGAGUGAUCCAGGGCUGUUCACUCUACUUGUGGAAGACUUUGGUGUUAAAGGUGUCCAAGUCGAGGAAAUUUAUGAUCUUCAAAGCAAGUGUCAAAGUCCUGUCUAUGGCUUCAUCUUCCUGUUCAAAUGGAUUGAGGAGCGCCGGUCCAGGAGGAAAGUUAACACUUUGGUUGAUGAGACCUCUGUCAUUGAUGAGGAAAUUGUAAACGAUAUGUUUUUUGCUCACCAGCUGAUACCCAACUCAUGUGCCACCCACGCUUUGCUGAGUGUUCUUCUGAACUGCAGUGGUGUUGAGCUUGGCACCACGCUGAGUCGCAUGAAGGCUUUUACAAAAGGAUUUAGUCCAGAAAGCAAAGGUUACGCAAUAGGAAAUGCCCCAGAGCUUGCAAGAGCACAUAACAGCCAUGCCAGACCGGAGCCCAGGCACCUGCCAGAGAAACAGAACGGCAUCAGUGCUGUGCGAACCAUGGAAGCCUUCCACUUUGUUAGCUAUGUUCCCAUCAAAGACCGCCUCUUUGAGCUUGAUGGACUCAAGGCUUACCCCAUUGACCAUGGGCCCUGGGGUGAAGAUGAGGAAUGGACUGAUAAGGCUCGCCGUGUUAUUAUGGAGAGGAUUGGACUGGCCACUGCUGGCGAACCGUACCAUGACAUCCGCUUCAACCUCAUGGCAGUGGUGCCUGACCGCAGGAUGAAGUAUGAGUCCAAACUGGAAAUUCUAAAGAGGAAUCGGCAGACUGUUCUAGAGGGUCUACAGAAGAUGAUCCGGCUCACUCAACCUGAGCUUGUCCAUGACAAGAAGCAGCAGGACUCUUCCUCUCCAGAUGAAACCACCACUGCCAUUAAGAAAGAAGCAGAUGCAGGGCCAGGUACUUCCCAAGGGGCUAAUACAGAUUCAGUGGAUAAAAGUGGGGCUCAGUCCAAAGGUGUUUCCAGCCCUUCAGGAAGCACUAAAAUCAUGGGCAAACCACAAGUCCCCUCUGGAGGAGGUCCCCAACAAGUCACCAGUCCCAGCCCCAUUGUUCAACGCCUGCCUGCCUUCCUUGACAAUCACAACUACGCCAAGUCUCCAAUGCAGGAGGAGGAGGACCUUGCAGCUGGCGUUGGGCGCUCUCGAAUGCCAGGUCCCCCUCAGCCCCCAUACUCGGACGAUGAAGAUGAUUAUGAUGAGGAGGAGGAAGAAGUGACUGGUUCUGUAAGAGCUUCCAGCAGAUUUAGACGGAAGGCGAGUCUGCGCUCACGAGCAGGUCGCGUUGGGACCGGAAUGGAGAGCCAGAUCGCUCUCAAUGUUUUGGCUGAGAAACUAAAGAAGGAAGCUCAAAGAAAAGAUGGUUUAAAUACUCCUCUGUCUGUGCGCACUGAAGGUCGCACCGGGGGUAUUUGUAUCACAUCUGCUUCACAGCCUUCACCGACACCCAGCAACGAAAGCACCGACACGGCCUCUGAAAUUGGCAGCGCUUUCAACUCCCCCCUGCGCUCACCUGCACGCUCCCAAGCUGCCACGCGCCCGUCGAGUCCAGUUGCAUCCCAUCUGUCGCGUGUGCUGUUUGGAGAAGAUGAGAUGUUGAGGCUAGACUCCAGACAUAACCGUGCCGUGAGAGAACUUGGCCCCUCUGUCAGUAUAGCGUUGCUGCACCUACGGGAGGAUGGAGUCGUAUAUGCUCUCCCUCCAUCUGGAGAUUUGGCCGCUGAAGGCACAAAGCGGCCCUGCACUCCUGAGAAAGCAAAAGUUAAAGAGCAAGCAGAUGAAAAAGAUGGCGUAAAAGAGGGAGAUGAGGGACCCUCUGUAGAGGUGAAGAAAGAAGAAGAGAAGAAAGCUGGAGUAGAGGUGAAACCUGGGAAGGAAAAGAUCAGCACUGAAUCUGGAGCAGACAGCAAACCUCCUGGUGAUAAGUAUUCACCCAAAGAGCUGUUAGCACUGCUGAAGUGUGUGGAGGCUGACAUUGCCAAUUAUGAGGUGUAUCUAAAGGAGGAAGUAGAAAAGAGAAAGAAAUACAAAAUUGAUGAUCAGAGGAGGACCCACAAUUAUGACGAGUUUAUCUGCACCUUUAUAUCAAUGCUGGCCCAAGAAGGCAUGUUGGCUAGCCUUGUGGAGCAAAAUAUUUCCGUGCGUCGUCGGCAGGGAGUGAGCAUCGGCCGCCUGCACAAACAGAGGAAGCCUGAUCGAAGGAAACGCUCUCGACCUUACAAAGCCAAACGGCAGUAAUUGCAGUCAUGUCUGUAAGUAAUCUGUGAGCACCAAGCAAUCACCGCAGAGGAAGAAAAAAAAAAGGAAAAAAGCUGCACUCCUGAUACUCAUUCCUAGAGGCAGUGUAGAGUUGUACAUUAGCCAGAGCCUCUUUUGCUUCGUGAAAUGGACCGUAUUUUUGGCCUUUUAUUAUUUACUGUAUAUAUAUCCUGCCAUUAUAGGCUGUAAAUCUUCAUGUGCCAUUUCUAUCUAUAGAUUGUAAAUAUGAAAAAGGCAUGUCUCUGCACAUGAAUGCUUUUUAUUGGAAGACAUUUGCUACAUUUUCAUGGUCAAUUCAACAGUUUGCUACGAUAUGACUUAUUUAAACUCCUGUAUAUGUAACUGAAUAUUCACUUUGGUAACCACAAGUCAAUAUUUCUUCAGUGCCAUUGAAGUAUUGAAUGUUUUGACAAAUAAAGUUGUCUUUAUUCAUCCAUAAAUAUUUAGUCUUAGUCUUAGUCAGUGCUGUAUAAUCAACUUUAUGAUGUUGCUAUGAACAAUUAUAGUCUCAAGUCACAAUCCAUCUCUGUCUAUUUUUAUUUUCUCACUAGAAUGACUUUUCAUUAAAGGCUUUAUUCUUUUUUUUUUUUUUGUCAACUUGUGCUUUGGGAUUCUGUAAAUGAUAAACAAGCACUUGUUAUUUUUGUAUCCCAUAUGGAUCUUAGAGUGAGUGAUUAUUCAGUUGGAUGUGUGCAGCUGUGUGUUUUUGUACAUAUUUAUCUGUUCUCUCUCUCUGUUCGCCUGUACGUGGAGUUCAGUAAUUCUGUUUUUUUGCCAGUUCAUUCUGCAAUAAAGUUAGUGAAAAUA